AUGGCGACCGACUCAAUUCCUUCAGACCCUUUACUCUCGCUGCGCCGGGCCAUCGCCGCGCAAGCCCUGCCAUCUCCAACGACCUCGGCGGACAUUUCGACAGCUGCUGAGAGUGUAACCGACGACCUCGCGGAGGCCAGCCACCUGUUUUUCCCAUCAUCAAACCCACCGCACACAAUCCCUCUCAACACGGCGACGCGUUUUGUCUCUGCGGCUAGCAACGACACCCCCGUCGACCUGCGCAGCAUCUUUUUCGCGUGGCAGAAAAAGGACGUUGCGAUUCCAGAGUACAUUGCCUCGGCGCAGCAAGUCAAUGACGCUCUGAACAACAAGCAAAAUGGUGGCGAAACGCAAGAGCAGAUUCUGAACUUGGUCUUUGUGGAACGCUUGGAUUUGAUUACUUGGCUCGAGGGUGCCUCGGACGACAGUGAAUACAUUAAGCCGCUGGAAGGCGCUGCGGCAGCAGCUGAGGCGGCGGCCGUGGCAGCAGCAGCAUCGGCAGCUCCUACAACGGCAACAGUGUUGGAAGAGGCUGCUGUGCCAGUACCGACGGCGCCUACUACUGCUGCUACCGCCGCCGCUGUUCCUGGAGCGCGGCCAGCCAAGGUGAUUGAUCCUCGACUGCAGGAGAUUUAUAACGGGGAGCGGAAACUGGGUGAUCGGAAUACUGUGCUACGCGGCAUCAAACCGACGGAAUUCUCACACGUCCGCAAAACCGCAGAAAUCUUCCUCGGCCGAAACAACCGCAAUGCUCGACCCGGCGCGACCAAACCAGCAAUAUCUGGCAAAGGCGGAAUCCUCCCAGCGCCAUCCGCGGGGCUCGCGCUGCCCAAAAAGCCUGGCAGCAUGGCUGUUUCAUCGUCAACUUCUUCGUCUUCUUCCUCCUCUUCACGCCGUCUCGACCCUAUCAUCCUUCUUUCUCCUUCUGCCUCUUCGCCGAUCCGGCUUUCGAAUAUCAAAUCUUUCCUGCAAGACGGUGUCUUUGUGCCGCCGGACCACCCGACUCUUGCAUCUCACACGACGUCUAAUAUUCAAUUCAUCACUCGUCAACUCCGGCUAAACGGCGACUCUACCACUGGCGGUCCUGGAAAGGGCGGCAGCAGUACUUCUGGUGGUGGUGGUAGCACCAACAACACAUCCCGCAGACCCACCCGCUUCAUCCUCGCCGACAGCACGGCCAACUUCAAACCGGACUACUGGCAACGCCUCGUCGCCGUGUUCACAACUGGCCAAGCAUGGCAAUUCAAAUCCUACAAAUGGACCAACCCGCCCGAACUUUUCCGGCAUGCAGCGGGCAUCCACGUGAACAUGACGGGCGACCAUGUCCCCGCCCAAAUCAGAGACUGGGGCCGCGGCGUCAGCACUUUUUCAUUGUCGCGCUGGGAUGAGAAAAAGGGUGUAGACGGGGCUGGUCGGUGGCUUGACAGGGAGAUUGUUGAGCAUAUAUGGGAUGUGGUGGAGCAGAAUAUGAAAGCAAAAGGGUUGUUGAAUAAGUAG